AUGCACUAUGCGUGUGCGGAGCUUGAAAAAUAUGAUGAUGAAAAGUUUUAUCAUUAUGAUGAUGUAAACCCUGUAGAUAUUUUGCAAACCAGCUAUGAACAAAGUAUGCGUGAUUGCGCUUUAGAACGAAUAAUUGGUUCAUCAACAGCUUUAAUAGCUAUUAUACGAAAUGAUGAACUUCGUAUUGCAAACCUUGGAGAUUGCGGUAUUUGCGUUAUUCGUCAUAAUAGUUUCAUAUUUAGAAAUGAGGAACAACAACAUUCAUUUAACUACCCAUUUCAAUUGGGUAGUGCUUCAAAUGAUACACCUAAAGAUUCACAAACAUUUACUGUUAAAAUUCAAUGUGGUGAUAUUGUAGUCAUGGGUUCAGAUGGUAUUUUUGAUAAUUUAUUGGAUGAAGAUAUAUUGGAUGAAAUUAUUCCAUUCUGUUGCCCAAAACGGGGUUUACAGGUUGAACCUCAAAUAAUUAGUGAUGCACUCGUUUGGCGUGCUAGAACUGUAAGUGAAGACCUCAAUGUUACAAGCCCAUUCCAAAUUAGGGCAUCAUGUGAGG